AUGCUUGGUGUGUCUGUGAAAACGAUUUUACGUCGAAGACAUGAACUCUCUUUACCAGUUGGGGAGGACACUUAUACUUGUAUUACAGAUGAAGAAUUGGACGAGAAAAUUUCAUCUAUUCUCACUUCAUCACCAAACUCAGGAGAAAGAAUGGUUAUGGGCGCACUUACUGCAAAGAAUCUUAAAGUUAAAAGGGAGAGAGUCCGUGCAUCAAUUUUCCGUGUCGAUCCAGUGAAUCGAAUGCUUCGAAGACAUACCUCAAUCAAAAGAAGAGUUUAUAAUGUCCCCACUCCAAAUGCACUAUGGCAUUUGGAUGGGAAUCAUAAGCUCAUACGAUGGAGAAUGGUGAUUCAUGGAGGUAUAGAUGGGUAUUCCAGAGCAGUUGUGUUCCUCCAAUGCUCUAAUAACAAUGAGGCUGUAACUGUCUUGGAACAGUUUUUGCAUGGUACUAGAAAAUUUCACUUUCCUCGUCGUAUACGCACAGAUCAUGGAACAGAAAAUGUGGAAGUUGCAAGAUACAUGUUGCAGAAGUACAACAUACAAUCCAAUCCUGUUAUUACAGGCAGAUCGGUCCACAAUCAGAGGAUUGAACGGUUGUGGAAGGAUGUCUUCACAUAUGUGCUGCAACAUUACCAUAAUCUUUUCUAUUUCCUUGAGGCAAAUGGUGACCUUGAUACAGACAAUGAAAUUCAUAUGUUUGCUUUACAAUAUGUCUUCAUGCCAAGAGUGAACCGGGCACUUGAAUGCUUUAUAGCCCAAUGGAAUCAUCAUCCCAUCAGAACCGAGGGAAAUCAGAGUCCAUUACAACUUUGGACAGCAGGUUUUUAUGAAUUUGCUGAGUCUGACUACAGAGCAGUUCGAGAUGUUUUGGAUUUUGAAACAGUCAACUUCAAUGAGUAUGGUGUGGAUGAUGAUGGGCCUACCCCACAAUUGCAAACAAAUAAUCAUGUGGUUGUACCAAGAUCUCUUGUUGAACUCUCUGAGGAAGAGGAAGUAUUCCUCCAUAGUCAUGUAGACCCACUAAAUGAGGAUGGAAACUUUGGAAUCACCCUGUAUAAGAGAUCUAUAAACCUUGUAGAAGAGUUCCAACAAGAAAUAGAUUAGUGACAAGAAUAUUGCUUUAUGAGAAAUACAUAUUGGAAAUAGGCAAACAGAAGCAAGCAAGCCAUUUAGUUAAGCUGACACAUGAAAUGUAUUUGGCUCUGUCUGAACUCUAAACACAACAUGGUAAUAGGAAUACUCCUUGAAUAGACAACAGUUGUCAAUCUUAGAGAAAAGACCUUUUGUAAAUAUAAACAACUGAAACAUAAAAUGUGCAGUAAAGACAUGCACAAAUGAACACCAACAAUAACAUUAAUAAACAAUAGUUGCCAUUUGUUUAGUAACUUAAUAACUUAGUAUGAAAUUUAAAACUGAAUGAGGGUGACAUCUAUACUCAUACUACCAUGCUACUACCAUGGGUAGGUGCAGUACAAGUAUGGAUGUCACCCCUAAUAAAAGCAUAACAUUUGGCAAUGCUUGCAAUAUUUAGGCAGUAUUGACUUAAGAAUCAUAAGCAUGUGCAGUCAGUGCAGGUAUACAAAAUGCCUUGGGAAAAUUAGUUCAGUAAAUCAGCAACUUUAAUAUAUUUUUCCAGCAACUCAUUA